AUGUCUCAGAACACCCAGAUCAUCCUUCGGGAGCGCCCAGGCAUUCAAGGAACCGUCAAUCCUUCCUUGGAGUCGGGCACCUUUGCACUUCAGAAAUCACCCAUACCUACAGAGAAGGAUGUGCCUGAUGGAUCGGUGCUGAUCAAGGUCAGAUAUGUAUCCAUAGAUCCGGCCAUGCGCGGAUGGCUCAACGAUACUCGAAGCUACUUGCCACCGGCAAAGAUCGGAGAUGUCUUUAGAUGCGCAGCAUUAGGAGAGAUUGUGCACUCCAAGUCACCCUCUUUCACCGUGGGCGAUCCCAUUGCCGCUUCUACGGGCUGGCAACAGUACGCCAUUCUUCCGGCCAAACUGGUCGAAGCUGCGCCCGCUAAAAAGGGAGCCGAACUGAUCGAUUACCUGGGCGUCUUUGGCAGUUCGGGAUUGACCGCUUACUUUGGCUUGUUCGAGGUUGCCAAGGCUAAGCAGGGAGACGUCGUCGUGGUGACUGGUGCAGCUGGAAGUGUAGGAAGCAUCGUGGUACAGCUGGCCAAGAUCAAGGGCUGCACGGUCAUCGCCACUGCGGGAUCAGACGACAAGGUCAAGUGGCUAAAGGAGGAAUUGGGCGCCGACGAUGCCUUUUCCUAUCGCUCACCCACAUUCUUUCAAGAUUUGCGAAACUGCAUCGUGAGGAAGCACAAGUUUGCGCAUUGCGUCUUUGAUAAUGUGGGAGGAGCGCAGUUGGACCUGUUGCUGGGAUGCUUGAGGAAACAUGCGAGGAUCGCGCUUUGCGGUGCUAUCAGCGAUUACAAUGGGGUGACGAACGGAUUGAAGAAUUACUUGGCCUUGAUUGGUCAGAGCGCCACGAUCCAAGGCUUCAUCGUGUUUGACUACGCCGACAAGUACGACGCAGCGAGGACAGACUUUGCCAAAUGGUUGGGAGAGGGCAAGCUGAAGAGAAAUUUUUACACUAGGGAAGGGCUCGAAAAUGCUCCGCAGGCCCUCAUCGACCUGUUCAGCGGCGUCAACAAGGGCAAGAUGGUCGUCAAGGUGGCCUAG